GCGACGUCGUUUCGCGAUCUGUGUUUCUUUGUCGUCCAAAAGUGGAUUUCGUUCAGUCUUUUCUGUGGGAAGCCGAUUUAUUAGCGAAACUCCCAGCGCGUCUGACGAUAAUAUACGUGCAAAGGAUACGAACGCGUAAUACGAGGAGUCAGGGAACGCGUGAAAGCCGUGGCUAGGACAAAUACAUGGAACUCCCGCUUCCGAGGGCCGGCGAACAUAUUUAUCUUCGGCGGCCAACGUGAUUUUCUUGAGAGAGGGCCAACGAUAUCCCGUUCAAGCGAACACGCCAAGCUGUAUGCGAUCGAUCGUGCGGUGUAGGAAAAUAAACGCCGAGGACGAUGUCAGAAACGGAAAAGAUGGACAGUUACGUGAUGGAGAGCCAAGAUUCGUGCAAUGAAAGUCUGGUUGGAAACGCUACUUUCAGAAGCACAGAGACAAACAGCUUGAGCGAGAGCCAGGAUUUUCAUCUGGUAGACAUGAGCGACGACGAAUCGACAACUAAAUUCCAACAGGAUUUAGAGGAGUCGAAACAAGGAGAAACAUCUCUGCCUGUUCCUGAAAAUCGAGUGGAGACAGGGUUUGAUGAAUUGAGCAUAACAGAGAGCAAGACCAGUUCCGAUACGCAAGGUGACAAUCGAACGGAGAAGGAGUCAAUGGAGGAAACGGUAAUGGAAGAAGGAGGCGAAGGAGAAACAGCUAAUGACAAUAGCAGUGUAGAAAACAAACAGGAAGAACUGAACGACAGCGAGGAGAUAAUACAAGGCACUCCGCCUGAAGUUCAGUCGCCAAUGAGAAACCAAGGUGCUAGCAUCGUGAUAAAAAGCUUGAAACGUAAAGCGGAAUCGUUUGACGAACCGCUUAAGAAGAUUCUAAGGACGAAUUCGAAGGAGGACGUGUCGUCGGCCGGGAAAGGAGAACUGGGCGACGAGGAAGCUUGUCGAUCGUUCAAAGUGGACGAUGAUACCCAAGAAUUCUCGAAAAAUUAUUCGGACGCGCAAUCGAUGAUAAUCGCGGAGACGCAGGACGUCGAUGAGGACCAGGAGGACGGAGCUUCGACGCAGAAGCUGACGAGAUACGAGGAGAACAGCCGGAACGCUGAUCCUCAAAUGGUAAUGAAGGAUUACGAGAUAGAUAAGAACGAGAAUUUCAGUGAUACGAGAAGUGAAACUGUCGGAAACGAGAAUCGCAGCGAAGAAGUACACGAAACGACGAAGGAGCAGGUGCAAUCCGAAAUAGUUUUGACGAAAGGAAAGGAUUCCGGAUCUCCGCUGAGGACAGUCGCAGCGGUUGAUAAACUAAAAUCGGAUUCGGGUAAUAAAAAUACGACGGACAACGGGAGACUGGUCGAUGCGAAUGAGGCGAAGAUGACCAACAGCAGUAGAGCUGACGACAAAGAAAACGGUAUCUCUGAUUUAGAGCGAGACAACAGCGACGUUCAGGAGGUGUCUGCUGACACUCGUUCGAACGUGUACUCUGGCAGCGUGGGUAAAUCGAGAAUGAGCGUCGAAGUUAUAUACGACCAGAAAGCGGUGCACGAAGCAAAACUGAAACCUAAAGAAUUAGUAGAGAUCGACGAGGAUGGAGAGAAGAUCGUGUUGGACUCGUCCCAAGAGGAUUCCGACGUAAAGAACAGGAGCAACAGCAUCCUGGAUAACACAAAGUCUGACACGACGUACAAAAGUUGUCAGGACAGUAAAAGUCGCAGUGACUUUAGUUAUAAAACGAUAGAGAGUAGCAAAGAGUCUUCUGUGGGUUCCGGGAAAUCCGGUAAUAAGAUGGUGAACGGAAGCAGCGAGAGCAAGAGAUGCGACACGGACAGUACGGCUAGUGUGCAGUCCGACACGUUCACCGACAUGCCGGUUCUGGACAAGGCCGAUAGUACGAACGCGUCCGUGCACAACGUCAAUAGGCAGAUAAAACCGAUUCUUAAGGACAGCAGCGAUCUGUUGAGCGUCAGCGAUAACGAACCGGACGUUUAUAUAGUGGACGACAAAAAGUCGAGCUCGACUCGUACCAGUUCGAUCACGAAACCAUUGCAAAUAGAGAGAGAAGUCGGCCUGUACGUACGGGUAAAGUGUCUCCUGCAGGUAGACGAGAACACGAAAGAAUUCCUGAGUAAAGAGAUCUCCGGCGUGCAGUGCGAAUCGGUGAAUACGGAGCCCAGCACUUUGAGACACAAGAACGACACGUCCACCUCGUUAGCGGACAUCUCCGGGAACGACAACAAGGACACGUCCCCGGGGUCGGUGAACAGUAACCUGCCGAUGUAUCAGCUGAAUCCUUCAAGACUUUCAUUCGCGUCCACGAUCAGUUCUUCGAGUUCCGUGUCCAGCGCCGCGUCCCUAGCGAUCAAGCUCGCUAUCAAAGGCAGCACGCAUUUUUCUUUGCCGAAGGGACCGGCAAAGCACGCGAAGAAACACGCGUCCGAUGUGCAGUCGCUGAACGAAACGUUCGAGCGGUUGAACAAGGAAUGGCAGAAUCUUCAGCUCGUCACGACGAGCGUUAUGAAUUCUGUGAACGCGGAACUCACUGGAGUCGACGCGUACAACGUUAGCCACGAAAGGAUAGACGAUCGAAAGAUCCGUUCCUCUACCCCGGAGAAAAUGGAUACACCGAAGAGCGCGAAGAAGCCGGCUAAGAGGCCGAGAAGCAAGAACGCGAAAUCGACCGGCCAAUCCAACGGAUUGAACAAAAUCGCGAAGAUUGCGAGUCCGCUGGAGAGCGACGACACGCCGAACAAGAAGACUAGCAAAACUGAACACGUGGAGACCGCGCCCACCAGCCCGGAACGGGUGUCGACCAAGUAUAUGUCCGAAAUUCUGACGGACGAUCUGAUCGGUAAGGACGUGUUCGCCAAGUGGUCCGACAAGAAUUACUAUCCCGGGAGGGUGAUCGACAAGAUAAAAGCCAAGUACAAGGUGAACUUUUACGACGGACAGAACAAGGUGCUGAUCGAGGACUUCAUCAUACCGAUACCGGAGACACUCAGGAAGGGUUUGUCCGUAUACGCUACCACUAAGGACGAUUACGGAUCCUGCGGUAUAAUCGUCGACAGCGAAGUUGUAAAUAACGAGGUGUACUAUACGGUCGAGACGGACGAAGGGGAGAAGCUGCGGGUUCGGAUCAACGACAUAUCUCUGUCUUCCGACCAAGCCCAGGUGCUGAAGGAGGAAAUGAACACGGGGAACAAGGUCUUGCCGUCCACGCCAAAGCAUUUGAGUCACAUAACGCUGGACAACAUGGUCGAGGGUAAAAGACGCUCGAAACGAAUCGCCACACCGAGUUUCUCCACUCCCAAAUCGAAGUUGAUCCAUACUCCCGGCAAGUCCGAGGUAGAACCGUCCGUUUCCGGUGUCAGCUCGGUUAAAAAGGAGAAGAAACCGAGCACCGAGAGCGACGGCGUUUCCAGCGAUUCGAACGUUUCUAUUAAAGACGAGGUGUCGUCUAUCGGCGUCCAGCCGGAGAUCAUCGGCACCCCUUACGAGCAAAUCGUUAAAGGGCCGCAGAAUCGAAUCAAGAGCAAGUCGAGAAGUAAAAAGAAAACGGAAGACGCACAGAUGAUCGCGCAGCUCGGUCCGAUUCCGCGCGACUCUAGUCUCUUCGAGGGGACCUCGUUCGUGCUGACCUGCGCAUCCUUGGAGACCAUCGACCGAUUUCAAGUCGACAACAAGGAUUACGGCUCGGAUCCGGGCACCGAAGACGAGGAGGAAUGGGCGAAGAAGCCUUUCGUCAGGGAUAGAUUGAUCAAGCAGAUAACAGCCGGCGGCGGAAAGGUUUACACGGACUUCAACGAGAUCCCGGAGCAGGAGUACAAAAAUACUAAGUUAAUAACGAACGUGCCGAACACGACUGCGAAGACGCUGCACUGUCUCUCGGUCGGCAUACCCGCGUACAAUCAUAACUGGAUAAUAAGAUGUUGUCAGGAGGGUAAGAUCAUAAACCCGGCCGAGAACGAGCUACCAGCCGGAUGGAGUUUGGAGAAGAACUCGUACGUGGAGAUGUUUCGACGGCCAAGCAACAAGCCGUUGUCCCAAGUCGUAGUGAUAAUACCGGUCGUCGAAUCUGAGAAACAGUUCUCCUCGUUCUGGCAACAGAUCUGCGAGAACGCUGGUGCCGUAGUUUUGCUAGCGGAAAAACAAGAUGCGAUGGAGAGUUUCGUAGAGGGUACCGUGGUGCUUGCUAACAGCCGGUGCCCGCCUUGGGCGGUGGAGAAGGCUAACGAAUUGCAGCUUCCAUUGCUUUCUACGACGUGGGUCAUUCAGUGUCUGGUGGAAGGGAAAACGUGCCCGUACGAUGCGCAACCACGUUAUAAAUAUAAUUAUAAGAGCAACUAGGUUUACGUUCAACGAUCGGGAAGCUGUAUACCUAAUAUCGAGAACAGGUGAGAUCGUAUUUCUGUAGAUUAGAACACCUUUCAUUUGUAUCGUGUUGCCACGGAUAUACUUAACAAGCCGAAAAUGUUUCAUCGUUGUCUGACACUUUCAUUUGCCUUCACACUUACUGCAAAGUACCGACCCAAGGUACUUUAGGCUCUUAGACUUAAGGAUUUAUGUUUCUUUGCUGCUGUCAGAAAUCUAUUUUUAAACAAGCGUCUGAUGAAACCAGUCCAGUUGCAACAGUUAAAUAUCACGACUACUUUUGUUCAGCUCGAUCUCCAAGUCAAACCGUGAUUUGUAUAAACGACGGUAGGCGCGUUUACGUAGAUGUGCGCCGUCAUGAUUUCUUUGUUUCCCGAUUGUUCGUACAAACCUCACGCGUAUGACUUAUGACCGCAGAACUUAUCACUUGUCACGACGAAGAAUGUAGCGUUAGGAUUUUAUAACAUUUUGUACGAAAACGAAUUCUAAAUCGAAAAUCAUUUGUAUAAAAUGUGUAGUUAGGGAACAAUUUGGGUCACAGCUUUCGUCUUUCAACUAUCGACUGGCCAUCGCCACCGGCGAACACCUCAUCUCGCAAACCGAAGACAAAGACAAAAAUAGAAAUUCGUAUUUACACCGAACGUGUAAAUAACUCGUUUUUUACCACUCGUUACUUUUUCCACGUUAACGUAAUAAUUACGCGGUAUUUAUGAACGCUUCUCGAGAGCGACUGAUUUCAGGACACGCGAUAAACCGGUUUAAUGCAAAAGUCGCAUUCUGGACGCAUUCUGGACGCAUUCUGGAUGCGUUUCGAUGAGAAGAAAGACAAUGAAUUAGGCGCCGCUAAAAGAGAGCUCUGUGAAUCAAAGUCUGGAUGAUGUGUGUCGUGUAAAUAUUUUUCUACUUAUGAAAUAUGGUAGCGACAGACGUUGAAAUCUAUUUACAUUAAAUACCUUUCACGUGCCGUGGACCCGUGUCCAAUUGCACAUCGGAAAAUGCGACUUUCGUUACUUAUGUAUCGGAUAAAUAAUCGAAAAAUAUCAAGCAGAUUGCCCGUCGAAUUGAGAUAGAGAGGACUAGUGAUUCACAAACGACGGUACGAAAAGAUAUGGAUGCAUGUGUAUCAUGCGAGUUCACGUUAGUAUCACACGACGUUUACGUUAAACCAAAUAUCGAUGGGACGACAAGAAUAUUAUAUCGUAUGUACGUGGCGGGUGGACAUGUACGAUCAUGUAUAUAUAAUUAUAUAUAGUCAUAGUCUAUAUACAUAUAAUACAAAUUUUAUUAUGUAAGAUGUAGCUAUUAUGUAAAAUGUUUGGGGAUAAAAUACAAUGACAUAUUUUGGCAAAAA